AAAUUUAUUUACAAAGUGGACAUAGAAAAUAAACAUAAUGGAGCAGUACGUGAAGACUCAGUUAGCAAAAGCUGUUGUUCAAGAGGCUGUGGAUCAGUGCAAUGAAAUUGAGAACUCCCUCGAGGGCUGCUUGAAAGUUUUGCAAAAGAUUCGUUUGCCUCAUUUAACGGACGAUAGCGUUAUGACGGAAUCCCAACGGGAACUUUGUGGAAAGCGGAGUUAUACUGUGUGUGUUGGUAAAAAAUAUCCAGAGCUAAUAGAAAUUAAUGACGCCGACGAGCUUACCGAAGAUUCGCAUAUUGAUAAUCUUAUCAAGUACGCAGGCCGAAAAUUGCAAAGCAUUUUAAAAACUCAGGAAUCAAUCUUGCAACGCUUGGAUAUUGUAGAAAAAAAGAUCAGAUCAACAGAUCAGAUACAUUUCUGAUUACAAAUAAAAUUGUAUUUGAUUUAAAAG